AAGCUGCAUUAGUUUCUGUUUCUUCCUCCUCUUCUUGAAUGGACAUGGACUAGUAUAGUUUUGUAUUAGCUAAUAGCUGCUUGGUUUUGCUUAGUUGUGUUUUUAGCGCGUUUCGGUUUCUGUCCCGAGUUAAUUCUAGCGUGGCAAAACGCAGAAAUUUGAUGUAAGGGUAGUUUCCGUUAUUAUUUAGACUUGUAAGGUUGGUUUGAUACGUAAAGCCUUCUUUUUUCCAUCCGGUUUUGCUUUGCUUUUGGUUUUUGGUAAUAAACUUAUAAAAGAGUCCGCGGCGUGAACACUUUCGGCCGCCGGAAAGGGAGGAGGAGGAGGAGUUGGGAGUUGGGAGUUGGAAAAUAAGAUUCGUCUUCCAAAACCGAAAGCGGGGAAUUGAAAAAGAGUAAUCGGAAUCUCGUUAUCUUUCCCGCUUUGCCCUCCGAAUAUCUUUCCAAUUUCAUAUCCAUCCCAUCCCUCCCGUCCUCGGUUUCAGCAAAGAUUCUUCUAUUCUGUUCUGUUGUUUUCGGUCUGGUCUGGUUCUUCUCUUCUAUGUAUCAAGACGCUGACGGUUGCGGUUUUCGUGCUCCACCUUCUCCGUCUUGUGUUCAUAUUUCAUUUCGAGAAAUUCUUCUUGUUUAAAAACAGAGAGAGAGAGAGAGAGAGAGAGAGAAAUGCUGUGUAGAAUGGUAUUGGUGCCCAAGAAGAAGAAGACUGGCAAAGUUCCGGUGUAUCUCAAUGUCUACGAUCUCACACCAAUCAAUGGCUACGCCUAUUGGCUUGGCCUUGGUGUCUACCAUUCCGGCGUGCAAGUACAUGGCGUUGAAUAUGCUUUUGGAGCGCAUGACCAUGCAACAACUGGGAUUUUUGAAGUUGAACCAAAGAAAUGCCCUGGUUUUGUAUUCCGAAAAUCCAUUCUGAUAGGAAGAACAGAUUUAGGUCCCAAAGAGGUCCGUGCAUUCAUGGAGAAACUCGCAGAAGACUACUCUGGAAACACAUACCACCUCAUCACCAAGAAUUGCAACCACUUCUGUAAUGAUGUGUGCCUCAGAUUGACAGAGAGGCCUAUUCCUCGUUGGGUUAACCGUCUUGCUCGACUCGGUUUAUUCUGCAAUUGUGUUCUUCCGGCUGGCCUGAACGAAACUAGGGUUCGGCAAGUAAGAUCAGAUGGGGGGAUUUAUGGAGAUAAGAAGAAAUUGAGAAGCCAUUCAAGUAAUAGUGCACCCGGUUCUGGAGGCAGAAGUUCUAGACAAAGACAUUGUCUUCCGCCAUCUUCAUCGUUGAUCCAUUCUACCUCAACCCCAGCUUUGACUGUAAAGCUUUGACGCCAGUUUAUUUGAUUUGGAGGCCUGUUAUAGAGUUUUAGAAUUUCAUAUGAACAACAGAUGGGGGUAAUUGCAAAGUUUAAUUCUGCUCCAUCUGGUUAUCUCAGCUGCUUGAAAAUUGUGUCAGUGUAUUAGUUUUCUGUAAAAUGUUUUCUGGGGAGAAUCAAGGUCCGUGAUUUUCAAUU